CUAUUGGGUCUCUAGAUGUGAAGAUCGAGUGAGCAGUCAGUGAACACGUCCAUGCCAUCAACUAGCAGCUCCUCUCCAUGUCGUUGAUCAUCUUCCGCGCCCACGGUCUCCUUCGAUCUCUUCCCCGGGGAUUCACUACCCACAGGAGCCCACUCGCCCCCGUCGCCUGCCACUUCCCCCGGGUUUCGCCCUUGCGCGCAAUGUCUGAGGAAUCCAAAGCAAAAGCCGCGGCUGGUGGACCCGUUGCGGGUGAGAAAACCAUUUUCAUGAAGAUCAUUGACAAGGAGAUCCCCACUACAUUGAUUCAUGAGGACGAUCGAUGUGUGGCCUUUGACGAUAUCAGUCCACAGGCUCCAGUUCAUUUUCUGGUCAUCCCCAAGAAACCAAUCACCAUGAUUGACACGGCUGAGCCCGAGGAUGAAGGGGUUUUGGGUCAUUUGUUGUUGGUGGCAAAAAAGGUUGCCCUCGAACAAAAAGGACUGGAUAAGGGAUACCGUUUGGUCAUUAACAACGGUGUCGAGGGCUGUCAGUCCGUGUACCAUCUUCAUGUCCACUGCAUCGGUGGAAAGCAGUUGUCCUGGCCUCCGGGUUGCUAACUGUUCGGGCUGCAAGUUUUGUCCUUAACAAUACAUUGGAUACAAUUGGCCAAAA